CGAAUCUACAAUCCCAUCAUCAUGGCUAUAGGAAUAAGUAAAAGAUCCGUGAGAUCAUUACUUACCCAUAGGAGUCCCCGUGCUUCGAUAGCCAUCGCAACAAGACAGUUCCAUCCAUCCAGACUCGUCAAAAACAAUCAUCAGGACCAUCAUGACAAUGACCAAGUGAACAAGGAGAUUAAGAAAUUGAAGGAAUUAAAGGAUACUUAUAACAAUGCUGGAUUCUUCGAGAAAUUUCAAUUGAAGCCUAAAUUGCUCGAGCAAGAACUCAAGAUCACUGAGGCACAGUCGAACAAGCUCAUAGAUGAGAAUAUCAAGACACCUAUCAUCGAAGUCCAGAACCCAUUGGAGGCAAAAAGUAUUGAAAGGUAUCAGACUGUUUACAAGUUUAUGUUAAACUCAUUUUUGGAUCAGUGCAAAAUCUACGCCACCAACCCAAGAGCAGUUACCAACGUUAAUCCAGACAUACUUAUAGAAGAGAUUGUCGAUUUGUUCAAGAAAGUUCACCCCGACCAUAAGCCUAUAGAGAAGCAAGAAAUCUUGUUUUACUUCCACGUCUACUAUGCAUUGGCUAAUAACCUCGUUUUCUUGGAUGAGUUGAAGUUCGACAAUGAGAUUGUGAGCAAACUCUUGAGUCAGUACGUCAACUUGACUCCUACAGAUGACAGAGCUGAAAUUUAUGGACAAGUGGCAGAAAAGUUGUCGCUUCAAAAGGAUUCAGUACAAGGGUGGUUUGAAAUUUUCGACGUAUUGUCGUCGACUCCAUUCAGAGAAGGAAAUGACAGAAUGACAUGCCCAUUAUGUCCUUACGAAUACUCUCGCUAUGAAAGUUUGGUUAGAGAAUUCGAGAACUUAAAGAAAAAAUUUAAUUAUGAUGACGCCUUCAAGUCAUUCAACUUCAACACGAACAAGAACUCAAACGAAAGUGGAAACAAGGGCCCCAAUUCGAAAAAGGACUCAGACAAGUCUAAGCCAAUGGAGUUCGAAAUAAAUCUCAACGGCUCCCCAAUGAAAUACUUCCAGAUUGGUACCCUCAUUGGUUUGUUGCUUUACAUCAUGUAUAACAUGUCCUCAGACUCCAACAAGGAAAUCAGUUUCCAAGAGUUCACCUCCAAGUUCUUGAACAAAAACCUUGUAUCCAAGAUCAUCGUUGUUAACAACAGAACAGCUGUUCUUGAACUAAACGAAAACGGAAAGGCCCAAUUCGGACAAGCUGAAGGGGGAUCUCACUUCUACUUUAAUAUUGGUUCUGUCGAAACAUUCGAGAGAAGUUUGCGUGAAGCACAAGAUAGCUAUAAUAUCAGUGACCAGCUCAGAGUGCCAGUUAUCUACACUACUGAAGGUAGCACUGGAAAAUUAUUGGCCAACUUUUUACCAACUGUUUUGUUCUUGGGUGCUAUCUUUUACAUGACUAAGAAAGCAGGCAGUAUGGGAGGAAUGGGCGGUCCAUUAGGAUUCGGGAAGUCUACUGCUAAGAAAUUCAACCAAGAGACCGAUGUUAAAAUUAGAUUCAAGGAUGUUGCAGGUAUGUCGGAAGCAAAGAUGGAAGUCAUGGAAUUUGUCAAGUUCUUGCAGAACCCAGAAAAGUACGAAAAAUUAGGAGCAAAAAUCCCUAGAGGUGCUAUUUUGUCUGGUCCUCCAGGUACUGGUAAAACUUUGAUUGCAAAGGCAACUGCCGGUGAAGCUGGGGUUCCAUUUUACUCUGUUUCUGGUUCUGAAUUUGUGGAAAUGUUUGUCGGUGUUGGUGCUUCCAGAGUUCGUGACUUAUUCAAAACUGCCCGUGAAAAUGCCCCAAGUAUUGUUUUCGUGGAUGAAAUUGAUGCUAUUGGUAAGCAACGUUCGAAGGGAAAUGCAAGUGGAGCUAACGAUGAACGUGAAACUACAUUGAACCAAUUGCUCGUGGAAAUGGAUGGUUUCGAGAGUUCUGACCACGUUGUCGUUUUAGCUGGUACCAACAGAGCCGAUAUUCUUGAUAAGGCUUUGAUGAGACCCGGUAGAUUCGAUAGACAUAUCUCUAUCGACAACCCAGAAUUAGAAGGCAGAAAGGAAAUCUUCCAAGUUCACUUGAAGAAAAUCACUUUGGCCGAGAAUAUUGAUACUGAUUUACCUGGUAGAUUAGCUGCUUUAACUCCAGGAUUUUCUGGUGCCGACAUUGCUAACGUCUGUAACGAAGCUGCUUUGAUUGGUGCUAGAUACAAUGCCGAAGCUGUGACUUUGAGACACUUUGAGUUAGCUAUUGAAAGAGUUAUUGGAGGUGUUGAAAAGAAGUCUAAAAUCUUGAACGCCGAGGAACAAAAAAUCGUUGCCUACCACGAAGCCGGCCAUGCUGUUUGUGGUUGGUACUUGAAGUAUGCCCAUCCAUUGUUGAAGGUUUCCAUCAUUCCAAGAGGACAAGGUGCUUUGGGUUAUGCUCAAUACUUACCGCCAGACCAAUAUUUAAUGUCUACUCUUCAGUUGAACGAUAGAAUGAUUAUGACAUUGGGUGGAAGAGUGUCUGAAGAGCUUCACUUUUCUUCUGUCACCAGUGGAGCUCACGAUGACUUUAAAAAAGUGACAAAUAUUGCCCAAUCAAUGGUGUUGAGAUUUGGUAUGUCCAAGAAGGUGGGUAUGGUAAACUACGCGGACACCCAGUCCUCAGAAAACUUGACCAAACCUUUCAGUGAUGAGACUAAUAGAACAAUUGAUGAGGAGAUUCAAAGAAUUGUUGAAGGUUGUCAUGCCAAAUGUACUGAACUUUUGAAAGAGAAAGCACAUGAAGUUGAAUUGGUGGCCCAAGAAUUGUUGAAGAAGGAAUUUAUCACCAGAGAAGACAUGAUCAGAUUACUUGGACCAAGACCAUUCCCGGAGACCAAUGAUGCUUUUGAUAAAUAUCUUGAUGGGAAGGCUGCAUUCAAGAACGAGAAGCCCGCUGAAGAGAAGAAGGACAACGAAUGAACUGCUAGCAAUCACUAGCGUAUAUAUCUUGUAAAUAAAUAACGCAUCAACAGAAAUAAAAUUUCAGAAAUCAAACUGUUGCUGAACGUGUAAUU